UGGGCCGUCCCGAGGUUGCGGUGCAUGUUGGGAUACUGGGGGUUCUGCUGCUUUUUCCUCUCUGGGGGGUCUGGGCUGAGGUUGCGGCUGCAGAGAUGGACGUCUUUUUAAUGAUCCGACGUCACAAGACAACCAUCUUCACAGACGCCAAGGAGUCCAGUACGGUGUAUGAGCUGAAAAGAAUUGUUGAGGGGGUACUUAAGAGACCCCCAGAAGAACAAAGGCUACUGUACAAGGAUGACCAGCUGUUGGAUGAUGGCAAAACCCUUGGAGACUGUGGCUUCACCAGCCAGACAGCACGACCUCAGGCUCUAGCAACAGUUGGCUUGGCCUUCAGAGCCAGUGAAGAUGCCUUUGAGCCCCUCCGCAUUGACCCCUUCUUCAGCCCCCCAGAGCUCCCAGACGUGAUGAAGCCCCAGGACUCCGGCAGCAGUGCCAACGAGCAAGCGGUGCAGUGAGAGGCCAGAGGGCGACAGAGCGAGCUGC